AUCUUUAACUUGAAGCGCACACAUAGAAGAGGAGUACUGUGAUUAUUAGUGGGGCUUGUGCUGCUGUUCUUAUUUGUUCUGAGGCAUUGAAGAAUGCAUAUUUCUUGGAGGCAAGUCUGCAUUUUUAUCCUUUCAUGUUAUGUUUCUGCUCUUCCUUUCACUGAGUGUUCAUUCCUUAAGGAGGUGAGUCAGUCUGGCAGUCACAAGAGCUCAAAUCACAAAAUCAACAAGAUCAAUUCUCAUGAGACAUCUGACAUAGCACUUCAUGGAUUGCUACUGUGGGCUUCGAUGGGAUUCUCAAUGCCAUUAGGGAUACUUGCUAUCAGAGUGUCAAGUAGAGAGGGAAAUGGAUCAACAAAGAGUAGGGUCCUCUUUUAUCUCCAUGUUGCAUUUCAGAUGCUCUCAGCGCUUCUUGCUACAGCUGGAGCUGUCAUGUCCCUGAAAAACUUUGAGAAUUCAUUUGAUAACAACCAUCAAAGAAUAGGCCUUGCACUUUAUGGUGCUAUAUUGGUUCAAGCUUUGAUAGGAUUUUUCAGGCCUCACAGGCAAAGGAAAGAGAGGACUUAUUGGUACUUUGUUCACUGGAUAUUAGGGACAAUAAUCUCAUUUGUGGCGAUCAUCAACAUUUACACAGGUCUCAAAGCCUACCAUGAGAGAACCUCAAAAAGCAUAACGCUUUGGACUAUCCUCUUCACAGCACAAGUCUCUUGCGUUGCAUUGAUUUACCUCUUACAAGACAAAAUGGAGUACAUAAAAAAGCAAAGGGUGAUUCCAGGCACAGAGUCAACUGCGCCUUCUGCUCAAGACAUUCCUCAUCUGCAGAACCAGAAUGAGUUAUUACCAGUGGCGUGUGGGAAGAAAAAUGCACUUAGCAACUUGUUUGACCAAUAAAGGUUUUUUUUUUUUUUUAAACUGUCCAUUUGUCUAUAGUUUCUUUUAACUAUGGGGAUUGGCUCACCUUCACAAUAUUUUUUUGGGGUCUGCACUUUGUGCAAGUGGAAGGUAGUGGUUUUAUGAAGAGCAUUCUUUAAAAAGUAAACUUUAUUUGCGCAAGUUGCCACGUUUUCUUCUUCUUUUUCCUCUCCUUUUUGUUAUGGACAUUCCCUUUAUAUGUAAAUUGGAAUUUUCUAUGUGAUAGUGGCAGUGUGGAUAUGAACUGAAGAAUUGAUUGAUGAUUGUGCGA